AUGCGGAAGAGACGUGAUGAGCUACCAGGCCCAAUUGCGAAGUUCAAUCCUAUAUCUCCACACGGUACAGAAUCUAAGUUGGAGCUAGUGGGAACUCAAACGAAGCUUUUGGCACCUGCACAAGCAAAACUUCUCACUCCUUCACUUUCUCAAUCGCGUUUGCAAAUUUUACCAGAUCCAAUGGCUCCGUUUUUUGUGAAGGAUAAAGCAGUUUCCCAACGAGCUAAAGUAGUCAUGACCGAGGCGCGAAAACGUGGUCCCAAAAGCGGUGAAGCAGGUGUCCGCAAAUCGGUCGUUGUCAAUCUACCGAAUACUGCCCCGUCGUCAGCUGCACAGUCAUCAACAAAAUCCACCUAUCACAGCCCGUUAGGCUCCUCGGAUCUCGACUCCGGUGUAGAUUUGCAUGCCUUGUCUGCUUCGCAAUUCAGCCCACCACAACUCAUUGACGAUUCGAAUCACGACGAAUCUCUAGCUGUGGAACUGGAUGAGUUCGAUGGACGAAUGCCACCUCUGAAUAAUAAUAAAGGGUGUGCUGCAGCUUUACGGUCUAUCAAAAGCGAGUUGCCACUACUUCAUUUGACAACAACUGAUUCAGUGUCAAAGUCUCAAUUCAAUGAGUCGCAUGUACAACGCUCUCAGUCAUCCCAUACCACAAAUCUGACCCCAGCAUCCGGUGAUUCCGGGGUGUCCUCAGGAAGUGAAUUGGACCACUUGUUAGCCAAAUUGGGUGAACUGCUCCAACAGCUACAUGUUUGCGAGUCACCGGAACCGGAACUGAACUUAAGCACGACGAAUCGAUCUUCGGAAUUACCAUCGCCCCGAUCCACGCCCAAUGAGACUUGUGAAAUGACAGUUCCUGAUGAACAAGAGGCGAUAAGUUUAUUGGACCGAGUUUACGGUGCGAUUUACUGCCUAUUACACACGUUGCAACAAUUGGACACACCUUUACCCGAUAUCAAGAAGCGAAUCACUUGGGAUUCAGAUCCAUUGCUCGAAAAUUUGGAUGCCCUGUUAUUUCUCACUGGUACAAUGAAGUUCCUUGCUGCCAGCCCCGUGGUUUCGGAGCAUUUACACAAUCACUCGGCCUUUCUUGUCGGAUUGCUUAGUUUGCAUAAACAAGUGGAUCAACGGAUCAGAUUAUGGUGCACAGAAGCAACUACGCCUCCGCAAUCCGGAAACGGGCAAGAAUAUCUCAUUGAUCGUCUGUAUCUCGUUUUGGUUCAAAUAUCAGAUAUCUUCUGUAAUCUUACUGGCACUCUGGGAAUUCGCGCGAAACUGUUAUCCACAGGCGGUAUUUUGGACCACGUGGUUGAUUGUUUGCUCUGUCGAAUGACUCCAUCCAAUCCGGAAAUAGUUUGCGCCCGAUCCAGUGCGCAGUAUUUGGCCCAGUUUAACUGGAUUCGUUUUCUGGCCAGACUGACCGAAUACACGGAAACAUGCCUUCGGCUAGAUCAAUGGGUUGUGGAUAAACUCGGACAAUCUGCGGAAAGUUUGAUUAGCAGUUGUACGAAUUACUUACAUACUGAGAAGAGCAGCUUGCAAUCGGAGAAUAAAGGAACCUCUAGAAUACUCUUAUUAUGCAAUCUGUUUUUUCAGAUGAUUCAAUCCAAUACAGAAGAUGUGGAUCUGACGGUUCGAAUCGCCUAUUUGCUUGGAAAUCUAACCGCCAGGUUGGAUAGUGCACGAGAAGCUCUCUUUCCGAAUCCACUGGCCCUAGCAGAUAUGUGUGGCCUGUGCCGAGAUUACCAUCGAAUGAUCCUAAAAGAAGCAAAAGACAAUGAUGUGAAUAAUAUCACCUACCGCGAUGCCUGGAGUGACCUUACCGUCCCAUUCAGCACCGUCUCUACGUCGAUAUUCGAACAUCAGUCCUGUCUUGAAAUGGUAAACAAAUUGGUUCGUAUACUGGCCAACUCAGCAAUCGGAGAGACUGUUGGUCAACUUGCGGUGGUGAGCACUGAUUGUCUCGAUCUAUUUCUAGAUCUUAUCGAAUGUGAAUGUCCAAGAGAACCAACGGAACUGCUCGUGAAUUGUCUAGCCGGUUUGAAUAACAUAACUUACUACAUACAUUCAGAAAGUACACCCGCGGUCCUCGCAAAACAAUAUGACGUAGCAGAAAUUCUCAUCCGAACCCUGGCGGGUGGUACUGCACAUCCGGAGGUGAUGCUCGGCGUGAUCCGAGUAUUCGGCAAUCUAACUCGCCAACCGCGAGUACGAACUUGGAUUUCUCAACAAGCUGGGCAACUCCUGUUUGAUGGAUCUCAAACUUCCGGAGUGAUUGAUCCACCUACUCCAUGGCCUAGUCAUGUGCCAAAAGAUCGGGCUAUGUUGUACAUUUUGAUACAGAAUUUGGAUUCGUCCCGUCCCGAACUCGUCUACAGUACCCUCGGUGUGUUAAUCAAUUUAAUGGCUGAUGUGAACGAACGGCCUGCAUUUAAAGAACUCGGUGGAAUUUCAAAGUUGGUCGAAGUGUUGACAGAUUUUGCCGGACACGAUUGGCAGCUAGCCGGCCUUGCAUGCAAAGCAUUGUGGAAUUACACCGAAGCCCCGAACAUCUCUGUUCGUAAAUUGAUCGAUGCCCAAACUUUGAAUGAAGUACAUAAUCUCUUGACUGAAUUCACAGACGAAGGCGCAGUUGAUUGCAUGCAUCAAAACAUCCAGAUGGAGAAUUCAAACGUGGAUGAAGAAAGCACAGCUUUGUGGAAGGCAGCCUGGUGCAGUGAAUUUCUCCCCGUAGCCAAUGAAUUUCUUGCUCGAAUCACUCAGUGCUGA